AUGACAACUAAUCCUAAAGCAUUAUCAAUUGUUGCUAAAUGUGCAUUAUGUUCAACAAAAACUGAAUUAUUUAUAUGUCCACAUUGUGAUGAAGUUAUUUGUCAAGCAUGUGUUAAUAAACAUCAAUCAGAAUUAAAUGAAACACUUAAAGAACAUUGGUUAAAAUGUAAAACAAAAUUUCAUAAUUUAUGUCAAUUAUCAAAUACAUAUGAUAAAGAUUUUGUUCUUAUUGAAAAUGAAAUGUAUCGAAUACGACAAAUAAUUGAACAACAAUAUUCAGAUGUUGUUCAAUCAAUUGAAAGUGAAAAAAAUACUUUAUUAAUAAAAUUAGAAGAUUAUAUUAAAUCAAUCACAUCAAAUGUUAAACAUCAAGAUCUUCAACAAUUAUUUAAUUCAAUUAAUCGACGACUUGAAAAUGUUUUUCAGUAA